AUGCAAGAGAUAAUUUGUGGAUGUGCGGGUAAGCCAAUGGUAGAAAAUACACGUUCUUGCCGCUGUGAAUGUCCAGCUCUCAUAAGAUUGUUGCGGUCCAAGGAUAAUGGAUGGUACAUAGCUGAACAUGGGGAUGUAAACAUAACCAUGCACUCACGCAAACUUACGGUCAGACACUGCACUGGCCAUAUUUAUGUUUACAGCAGGGACCUUGUCAAGCAGCUACGGCAAAACAGUGUCAACCUUGCCAAGGUGUACGGCAUCAUCGGGAGCUUUUUGGCAAGAUGGAGAAUGUACCUUUUACAAAAAGAGCAUUGCAGGAUUUGUGUGGAAAGAUAA